UGGGCUUUUCUUUUCCAUAUUUGGAAUUCGGUUGGCAAUGAACAGUCAGCAUCAGUUUAUUUUCGCCGUGUUAGAAAAGAUCGGAGAGAUAAUAAGUAAGAUUUUUUGAUGUCAACUGUACUGCAACAACACACUUUAGAGACCGUUAAAUUUUUAGACCCUAUCUCUUUGCAAUAGGUAACAAUGCAGUACCUACAAAAGAAAUAAGAAACAAUAAUUUUUUUUAACAUAAACCUGUUUUAUUGCAGUUAUAAAAUUCUUUACUGUAUUGAAAAAUUCAGUACUGUGAAUUAUUUAUAUUUAAAAUGUUUUUCGUAUUUUAUAUAAUGGCAUACUUUUUGCUUUUGUACGUUUUUUUUAUUUUAUUGUAAAGUAUUGUUAAUUUGUUAUGUUAUUUUAUAAUAGUACGUACUUCAUCAACGUGUAGACGUUGAUGGAGCAAGUACACUAAGCACAUAACUUUUCAUUUUAUAGUACAACUGACGCUAAGCACAGCACCCGUAAUAACAUGGGUCCACCUUGUUACGGCCGCUCCGAUUGUGUGAAUCCUUUCACUGACAAUGGUGAAAAUGUAACUGAUGCCACAACUAUAAACGCAACACCAAAACGCUACAUAAAAAUUAAUGAAUUUAAAAGUCCAAUUUUCGGCUCUUACAAGUAUGACCCGUUGCUAGGGGAUUUCGUAUUACCGAAUAACUCCGCAACACCCGGUGCCGCAUACCUAGUAAUGAGGGCUGCUGAAGAUGAGUCCAAUCUUACUAGCGAAUACAAACUCACUACAAUCGAAGAAAAACCUAAAAAUCGUACAAAAGAAAGGAAGAAUCGUAGAAGAAAUUCAAAUGCUUUAUCACAAUGGUAAUAACAGACCAUUUUAUUGACCAAGUACAUAAAUCAAUAUAAUUGUA